CGAACCCGAGCCCUGGCAACGAUGGGGAAAAGGAGCUCCUCUGCAGCAGCCUUGACAAUAGCACUCAGCAGGCGACUGCGGGCGUGACGCUUUCAUGCGUCGUGGGUUCAAAGCGGCCUGAAUAUUAAGCGGCGGCGCGGGCCAGACUCCCCUGUUCCGCCCGAGGAGGGGCAGGUUGCCACAGAGAGGAGGCACUGACAGGCAUUUUGACCCAGAAAGCGGCCGAGGAGGCAGGAGAGCGCCGUCGUCAUGUCUGACAGCCCAGAGCAGCAGCCCAGCACCGGAGUCUUGGGCCGUAUUGGGAGCUGGUUCUCUCCAUGGAAGGGAAACGCUCCGAAGAGUCCGACUGACAAUGCCUCCGCGACUAGUGAGCGGCCUCUAAAUUCAGAUGGGGGAGACGAGAGUGAGGAGUCUGUAAAAGUCCGGGCUGGGGACCCGCACCGCGGGGAGGCGAAGGAACAGAGCUCUAGCCCGAGUCCGCUGGCUUUUGCCAGAGACAUUUUCCCCUGUGAAGAGCAGGACGCCACGCAGUCUAGCCACAAGCGCAGCUCUGUUGUGAGCAGCACAGAGGCAGAGCCAGGAGGUCCAAAAGAGGAGGAGUCGGUGGCCUGCGCGAGGAGGAGAAUAGGGCAAAACCAGGAGUGGGAGGAGAGCAGCAACGGUCCUUCAGCGAGCGGGAAUCCUGAGAAGAAUGCCAGUCAUCUGACACAUCUGCCUUCCUUGUCUAAACAGGGAGUGGCACAGGACUCUGACCAAGCACACGCCCAGGCUCAGGCUCAGACAGGCAGGAGGCUCCAUGUGUACCUUGAGGAGACCUGCGUGACUCACGGCGGUCCAGACACCUGUGCCGGGCAGGAAGUCGUCCGAACCGAAGUCACAAAGAACUUAAAAGCACUCACCAAAGCCAACUUGUCUCCGGGUUUUGAUUUGCAAACGAGUUCCGGCUCAACAUGUGCCGAGAACAAAAGGGCCGAUGUUAGCCACGCUGGCGGGGCACAGAGCUAUUACAGUGCGCUAACAGGAGUGUCGCUGAAAUCACAAAGAGACUCACAGUUAGACCCUGACGCUGAUACAGAGGAAGGAACAGGAGGAGACAGCAUGGGGCGCAGGAACUCAUCCAGGAGGAGACACAGAAAGGGCUCCCAAGGAGAUGGAGGGAACAGUCCUCGUGAGAAAACGCCUCCCAAUGCUCAACCUGGCGCAGAGGGAUUCCCCCCGGUGGCCAGCCCUCAGAGCAAGAGUCCAGAGGCUCACAUGGGGAAAUCACCCUUAAGCCCCGCCUCCCAGCAAGAGCCCGCCUCUCCGGCCUCACCUGAAGGAGUGGAAAGUGAGACUUCCUGUCCCGAUGCGUUCGAGCAGUUGGACAAGUUCCAGGCUGAAGUGGCUGCAGAGACUCAGGCGCGCGUGGUUCAUGGGGGCGCAGACAUGGAGGACAACGACAGGUUUUACAAGGUGGAAAGGAAGACGGAGACGCCAGAGUCCAAGCGCAGGAGUAUUAAGGUUUCCCGAAGCGAGGUGAAGCUUUUUACCAAAAAUGUGCCUUUGAAUUCUAAAAAAAGUCCGGUGGACAGGACACAGAAUUCGACGGCAGGAGGGAAUACCAGCAAUAAAGGAAAAGAUAGUGGGGAAACAGAUGCAAGACUUCCUGCCCUGAAGAAGGUCGACGAGGAGCUUAAACCUAAACCGGCUGCUGGACGGAUCGCAGAUAAAAUCAGCCUCUUCGAGAAAAAGCAGGCAGCGGGAGGCCACAAGCCCAUCGUCCAGAGCCCCACAGUCACAGAGACCACGAAUGUGGGUUCAGACCAGGGGUCGAGAUCGGCAGAAGGUCACAGCACAGUCGGGCCCAGUUCUGCAUCGCCGGUGAGGGAGAAACUGGUGUCAGUCAAGGAGAACUUUACAGAAUCUCCCUCAGAUCAGCCUCAAAAAACAGCUAUGACAGGAAUGUCUGAAGAACGGUCGCCUCCACCCGUGACAGUUUCUGUGCCAGAGUCAAUGAAGCUGGACCGUCAGGGUGAACUGGAUACUACCAAGCUGAAGGCGGCCGUGUCGGAGUUCACAGUGAAACCUGACGGACAGGAUACCACGGCAGCAACGACUCCCGUCCCCAAGGAACCACCACCAGGCUCUGCAAUACCUGACGCAGGGGCCUCCAAAGCAGAGACAGGGGUGGAAUGUAAGAGCGCUGAGUCAGAGGUGUCACAUAAAGGAACGAGUGAUUCAUCAGAAAUGACCAAUAACAUCUGCCCGGAGUCAAAAGGCCCCAGCAAAACAAGCUCCCGCCCUAAACGGAGGAAAAGUAAAGACCCAGUGAGUCCAGUCAGCCCAAACACCGAAGCCAAACCAACCAGUAAACUGGAAAUAACUGCUUCCAAACAAACACAGGCGGCUGAUACAGACAAGGAUGUCUCUGCCUCUAAACCACUCACAGCGAAGGCUUCAUCAGAUAAGGCCCAAGGAAAUGCAUCAGAUAAGCAGCAACUGUCUGACUCCAAAGGAAAAGCCUCGGAGCAGCCAGAAGUGGCGGGCGAAGCGGGGGAACGGACCGAGUCCUCGCUUCAAAUGGAGAGUACUGACAACGCCGUCAAGAGGCGGGAGGAUGAACCCGAUACUGCAGCGGGCGGCUGCGGAGCAAAGUCUGACGACAAGGACCCUGUUGUUUUAGCUCAAAGGGAGGAAAAGGCAGGAGGGCAGAGCCUCGUACUCACACAGCAGACCAAAGUGGCCUCCGACGACAGCGGCGAAACUCCAGCCUCCUCCGCUGCACCUGCGGCUGAAGGGCCCAUUGAGAGGACUCGGCAGCAGGAGCCGUCUGUUGAACAGCCCAAAUUAGACCAGGAAGAGCCACCGCAGCCUGAAUUAAGGAGCAGGGGGAAACUAAUGCAGCCCGGUGAAAAGGAACCUGAGCAAACACCGCCUCAAAACAAGGGCACAGACAUAAUAAAUCGCGCCGAGAGCAGAGAUGUGGAGAAACUGAAGGCGCCAGAGAAUGAAAGCACUAAUCGCACUGAGACAAAAGACAGAGAUCAGCCUCCGCGCUCGGCGGCGACAAAUAUCACAAAGGAUUCAGACAGUGGACCAAACAUCCCAGGGACAGAGGGAAGUGUUGAUAAAAAUGAUGAAAGGACUGAGAGUGAAACCAAAGACGAGACUCGGGUCAUUAGAGACGGAUCCAGGCAGCCCGACGCAGCCUCUCCGUCACCAGAAACGACCAGCGGAUCAUCAGACCUCUGCACCCAAACGCACGGCGGAUGGACAGAAAGCAGCAACGCAGGAAGAGCCUCUGGAUGCGCUGUUACCUCUGCUAAUGAGGCUGUGAGUGGGAAGGAGUGCGAUAAAGGGCCUUUGAAGGGGGGAACUCAAAGAAAUGUGCCUCCCGGGUUACAAACAACACCAACACGAGGUCCUGGAAGCGAGAAGAAGCCUGUGGCGAGCGCCACGGAGCCACAGCCUAAUUCUGUAUCACUGGAAAAAAUGGAGAAUUCACCCGAUGACUCACACACACGGGGAGCGCGUGAUGAAUUCUCCAGCUCAAAGCUUAUUACCAAAGCAGCCACGGCGCAUGAGGAAGCGACUGUAAAAGCCACUAAUGGCACUCCAGCGCUGAUAACUGCACAGGCCGGCAAGACGGCAGCCAACGAAUUGUCUUUUAAAGAGCCUAAUCCUGUUUCUGCCUGUGAAUCCGCGGGCGGCGAGGGAACGCAGGGCGACGAUGGGGGGAAACGUCGGCCCAUCAAACCAGCGCCCUCCGGAGUCCAAAUCCCAAGGGAUAUGAAUGAAAGAGCUGCGAGUGACCCACAGGCUGAGCUUUUAAUAAAUGCUGGGAGCAAGCGUGACACCACUUCACUUGUAGGAAACGUAGCACAGAGCCCUUGUGAAGGCCGCGCCGCAGAGAAAACACUAGCGAGUGAGCGUGUAGCGGUUGCUAACGGAGACGAUUGGCUCCGGCCCCUCGCCGUGAAACAGGAGCCGGUCGCUAACGAACCACGUCACGCUCCCAAAGCGCCCCCGUCCCCCGAGGCCAAGACGCCGACCCCCGCCCCCCCCCAGCAGCCGCCCGCCAAGAAGCUCCAAUCGCCACGCGGGCAGAGCCGAGACGACGCCCCGAAAUGGCGGGACACGCCCUCCAGCUGGCUGGACGUGGACCUGCCCAAGCGCAGGCAGAGAGCGGCCGAGCCCAAGCUCAGCUCCUCCGGCAGCGAGGGCAACAUCCUGGACACGUCCGGGGACCUGGACGGCGACGACUUUGUGGAGCGAAUCAAGAAGCUGUGCUCGCCGUUCUCCCUCCCGCCGCGCAAGCACAACCACCUGCGGCCGCCGCAGCCCCCCUUCGCCAUGCCGGCCAUCAAGGAGGACCGCUUCGAGAAGACGUUCGACCCGGAGGAGUUCACCUUCGGUUUGAGGAGGAAGAGGGACUUCACGCUGGAGUCGGGGCCCAGCCUCCUGGCCCAGCUCAGCACAGAGGCUAAGUCCAGUGUGAAGCCAGCCAGGGCGAGUCUGGUGGACAGGAGCAUGCUGCUCAGCGGUCUGGACAGUCACUCCCGGCUCAGGGAAAAGAAACCCGUCAAGUCUGAUGAGGGGGUCAAGGAAGAGAAGGACGAUCCGAAGAAGGUGAAGUCUCGCCUGGAGGGGAGCUGCAUCCUCAACAGCCUGACCUCCUCCAGAGGGAAGCGGAACGGGCUCCAGACCCAGGUAGACGGCUCCAUCUCCGGAGGGGCUGAUGGAAAAAUGGCGACGCCCGUGUCUGGAGCUGAAGGAGACCCGAAUGCCAAACCAGCGCUUCCUGGUUGUGCUCCAGCCCACAUUCCAGCUCCGGAGCCCAAGCAGCCUGCAGCUCCACCACAGGGCCUGACGUCCUCCAGCAUUGGAGGGCCUCAGACACAGGUAGACACAGGCGGGGGGGCGUCAACUAGAGAAGGCCGCUUGCUCAGCCCUCCACCUUUGUCCCAGUCAACCUUUCCAGGCCCAACCCCUACAGCUCCAAUCACAGAUGAACUGACUAAACAGAGCCCUGCCCCGAGCCCCAAAGAGGAAGCCCAGGCUGCAGAGGCUGCGGUCUGUGACUCAGCUCCUCCGCUUCCUCGCUUUAACGACAUCAAGCUGCCAGAUUAUUUAGAGAAGUAUCUACAGCGAGAACAAGUAAAACCUGUGCAGAGCUUACAAGGACAGGAGCAAGUCAAACAAGAGGUUGAUGGGAAAAUGUCAACUCCAGUCCCUGAGAUGGAGGCAGCCCCAAAUGCCAAACCCACGCUUUCUAUUGGUGCUCCAGCUUCAAAGCUUCCAGGCCCUGAGCUCAAGCCACCUGCAGCUCGACCACAGGAGCUCCGCAGCCAAAGUAUAAGACCAGUCAGGAGUGUUCACAAGCGCCCUGGAAAGAUAGUGCUGUUCGAGGAAGCCCAAUUCGGCGGCCGCGCACACGAGAUCCACGGCGACGCAGCAGACGCGACGUCUCUGCAGCUCUCGCCUCUCAUAUCUGUGAAGGUUGUUCGAGGAUGCUGGAUUCUCUACGAGAAGCCUGACUUUCAGGGCCGCUCCAUCGCCCUGGAGGAGGGAGUCACCGAGCUGACAAACGAGUGGGCCGAGCCAGAGGCGGAGACCGACGCGCACGACCUCCCGCCGGUGGUGAUCGGGUCCAUCCGACUCGCUGUCCGGGAUUACAGCGUUCCUCGUAUUGAUCUGUUUACGGAGCCGAAGGGCCACGGCAGAGUCACGCCGUACCACGACGACACCAUUGAGACAGACUCAUUCGGCGUCCCGCUGAGCACUGCUUCCAUCCAGGUCCACUCCGGGGUGUGGCUGGUGUUCAGUGACCCGGACUUCCAGGGGAUGGUAGCCAUCCUGGAGCCUGGAGAGUACCCCUUCCCCGAGUCCUGGGGGUUCCCAUCGCCCUUCGUGGGCUCUUUGAGGCCGCUCAGAAUGGGCUGCUUUAAAGUGGAGCAUCCCAAUGAAAUCAAGGCUGUGGUUUAUGAGAAAGCUCACUUUGAAGGCUCGUGUCUGGAAACCGACAGCGACGUUUUCAGCCUGUGUGAGGACGAAGCGCUCCCCGGCUCCACGGCCAUGAAAAGCGUGGGUUCUCUGAGGAUCACCGGAGGCCUCUGGGUGGGCUACAGCGAGCCCGGCUUCGAGGGCCAGCAGUACAUCCUGGAGGAAGGGGAGUACGCGGACUGCAGCGACUGGGGCGGCUCGGAGCAGAUGCUGUCGCUGCGGCCGAUACUCGCUGACUUCAUGGCUCCGCAUCUGAAAAUGUUCACCAACAAAGAUUUCUCCCAGCUCGGUGGGAACAUCGACCUCACAGUGGCUGUCGCCAACAUGGACGACACCGGCUACGGCCUGAGGACGCAGUCCGUCGAGGUCAUCGGUGGCGUAUGGGCGGUGUUUGAGGAGCCAGGCUUCUGUGGGGAGCCCUAUAUCCUGGAGAAAGGACUGUACGGGAGCCCAGACGACUGGGGGGCGCAACGGGCCACAGUGGCCUCCGUGAUGCCUGUCCUGCUGGAUGAUUUCGAGAGCGCGUCCAAAUUUAAGGUGCAGCUUUUCUCUGAUCCAGGGUUUCGAGGCUGCGUCCUUCCCCUGGAGGACAGCGCCGCGUCCCUGCAGGACGGCUUCUCCUUUGCCUCCUGUAAGGUUGUGGCUGGCAGCUGGGUGGCAUUUGAAGGCCAGGGCUUCACCGGCAGGAUGUACGUGUUGGAAGCGGGGGACUACCCCGACCUGAGAGCGAUGGGCUGCGACGGCGCCAGCUCCUGCAUCCGGUCCCUGCAGACCGUCGGCUUCGAGUUCUCGCUGCCUUCCGUCACCCUGUUCGAGCGCCGCGACCUGCGGGGAAAGCGCGUGGUCCUGACGGACGGAUCCGUCAACCUGCAGCUGGCUGGGGGCUGCGGCCGGGUCCAGUCCGUGCUGGUGGAAGGCGCGACGUGGAUAUUGUAUGAGAGAAUCAACUUCCAGGGGGCUCAGAUUCUGCUGAAACCUGGCGAGGUUCUGGACUGGCAGGAGUUCAGCGGCUGGCAGAGGAUCGGGUCCCUGCGGCCCCUGAUCCAGAAGCAAGUGCACUUCCGCUUGCGGAACCAACUGACGGGGUUCAUGAUGUCAGUCACCGGCACCUUGGACGACGUCAAACUGAUGCGGAUCCAAGAAGCAGAGGAGUCUGGUGGACUGGAGCAGAUCUGGUUCUACCAGAACGGAUAUCUCCGCUGCAAGCUGUUGGAGGAGUGCUGCCUCAGCCCCAGUGGCAGCGUGACUAUAGCAGGAAGCCGCACCGGGCUGAGCCCAGAACCGGGCAUGCACCUCUGGAGUAUCACCCCCGAAGGCUUUAUCCGCUACACCCCCACCUCUGACCUGGUCCUGGAGGUCAAAGGAGGACAUAAAUAUGACAAAACACAAGUCAUAUUGAAUUCACUUGAUCCAAACAAACUUCAGCAACGCUGGGACGUGGAAGUUAUGUGAUACUCACUAGAGCGGACAGAAUCCACAGACAGAACGUGUCACGGAUGACGUAUGCUAUCGGACAACGGUUAAACGUCCAGUCAACAUGGAUGAAGUCGUAAAAAAAAGUGCGACCAGACACUGAACACGCAAACAGCGGAAACUGAACUUGAAAUGCUUCAUAUUUUACAGUUGUAUCGAUGUAUCCAAGGGUUUUAUUUUGAUUUAACUGUUUGCCUCAGUCAGUAACAGUAUUAACGCCUCUUCUUCAGUCAGUAUGCAAUGUCAUGUUAGACGAGACAUCAUCUACGUGCAACAAAAGGAAACAAAACGCUGGUUUGGAAAUGCAGAAACAACCACAUAGCACACAACUCUUUAUUGUAGAAUAAUAAAAUUAUUUUUGUCAAUAAAGUUAUUAACAUAUUUUACAGUAAA